AAAUGCUGUCGAGCAGUUGACACUGCAAUUUCUCAUUUGCGUGGGGUUUUCCGUCUCAGUUUUCUUAAAACCUCACUGUAUCGGUAAUUGGAGCUGUGAAAGAGAAAGAUGAGGCAAGCUUUUCUGGGAUUAUGUUUGCUUGUUUUUGCUCACCUUGUCCAACUAACCUCAGCUAUUGUCGUUCUCAAACCAUUUGCCAGGGAGUUCUCGGACCUUCCCGCCAAGUUUGCUAUUGCUGUCAAUAGCUCUGGUAUAUGUGGAGCUUUGCUUAUAUCAGACCCUUUGGACGCCUGCUCAUCUCUACGCAAUGGACUUCGACCAAACGAAACUGAUAAAACAAGGUUUGCUCUGAUAGUUAGAGGUGAAUGUGCUUUCAAGGAUAAAGUCCAAAAUGCUCAAAAUGCCGGAUUUCGUGGUGCUAUUGUUUAUGACGAUAGAGAUAAAGGCAAAUUGGUCUACAUGAUGAUAGAGAGUGUAAAUAUUACAAUUCAUGCUGUAUUUGUUUCGAAAGCAUCUGGUGAAGUGUUAAAGGAGCAUGCUUUAGGGGAAGAAGGGGAAUGCUGCAUCUUCCCAUUUCAAAAUGAAACAGCUUGGACAGUUCUAGCUAUAUCUUUUAUCUCAUUUCUUGUCAUAUUGGGUAUACUUAUAAUAGCCAUCUUUGCUCCGAGACACUGGCUUUAUUCUCAAGGAAGAAACCAGCUUCCUAAAAGUGUGGAUACCAAGAUUGUGGAAGCUCUACCUUGCUUCACAUUCAGUUCCACUAGUUUGGGUGAAUGCCACAGUGAAGAUACUUGUGCCAUCUGCCUUGAGAAUUACAAAGAUGAGGAAAUUCUUAAAGUUCUUCCCUGCCAACAUGAAUUUCAUUCAAGCUGUGUGGAUUCAUGGCUGACAAAAUGGGGAACAUUCUGCCCCGUGUGCAAGCAUGAUAUAAGAACCAAAAUUGUGAAUCCCGAGAUCAAAAGAAGGACCUGGUUGUACAGCUAGUGAAUGGAAAAUAUGACCUGUCAAGGGUUCCCUCCCGUUUAUUGUGUGUGUCUAUAUGAACUUCACUCGAAUGCGCGUUUCAUUGCAUGGAUUGAAGAGACGUCUAGAUGAUAUUUGUCUGCAUUUUUAUGAACGUAUCAAUAAAGUUUGCUGUUCAAAAUUUCCGUGAAAACUUGUCCGAUGCAACACGAAUGUAAAGGUCAUCAGUGCUCUAUCCUGUGCAAAAUCCUUGAUGUGAUCUACAAGCUAGCCAACGGGGACAAAGUUUUGUGCCCCUGUAUAUUGUCUGAAGCUCGAGUGUAGUUUUGCCCCAGCCACUGCCAAAGCAGCAAGGGAACCCAUUGCUAACAGCUCUGCUCUUGAAUAGUUUGCACACUAGGAUUUGCACUGUUGUAUAUUUUAGGUCUAAAUGUAUCUAGUAUGUUAGUCGGCUUCGAUUCAAUACAAGCAUGUGGUCCAAGAGUUUGGUUACAACAAUAAUUUCGGCAUAGGAGCAAUUUGCCCUAUCAAGGGAUGCGUUAGUGGAUUUGGUUGUGGCUUCCACAAAGGCCAAAUCCAUUAUUAAAGUGCUGCGAAUAAAGUGAAAAUAGAAUAUUAAGAUUCUCCGGCAAGUUCGUUGGAAGAACCA